UUAAAUUUAGAUAGUUAUUCGAGCACUUCCUCCAUCAACAAAUUUGACUUUCUUAUUUCUAGGCCUAUAUAUAACUAGCGAUGAAGGAAGUAACGACAUCCAGUCUAGUACAUAGGACAAUCUCCCUCACCACAAGACUCACCGAAAGCUUAUAUUCAAAUUGAAAAUGAUUGCAAUUAAGAUUUUAUUUAGCGUCGUUUGCAUCGCUGUUGCCAUGGCUUCUGAAGAAUCGCAACAAGUUCCUGCGAAGGAAAAUGAAGACCUGAAGACGGAAGGGACACAUAUUGGCGGCUAUGGAUUAGGAAAUGGAAUUUAUGGUGUUAACCAAUUCAAUAAUGGCCUUUACGGUCACGGCCUCGGAUAUGGAGGCUAUGGCAAUGGCUUUGGUCUUGGUGGAUAUGGCGGAAUCGGUGCAGCUCAUGGAGGCAUUGGAGCUGGCUAUGGCGGAGUCGGGUCUUACGGAACAGGUUACGGAGGAAUCGGAGCAGGUUAUGGUGGAAUCGGAGGUGUUCAUGGAGGUCUUGGGGCUUACGGAGCUGGUUAUGGUGGGAUCGGUGCUUAUGGUGGAGUUGGCGCUUACGGAGGCAUAGGAGGUUAUGGAGCUGGCUACGGAGCUAACCACAAAAAUGCUCAUGGACACAACCACAAUCAAGGCCAUUCCAGUUACGAAAGUUUCAACAAAGUUAGCAGCCAUCAGAGCCACAACUCAGCCGCUGGGGGACAACACUCCGGACAGGCAAACCAUGCUCUCGGUGGGGUUGGAUACUAAAUGAGAGAUUGACAAUAGCUCAAUUAAUUUAAACUUGAAGAUGCAAACUUUAUUUCAAAUGAUUUCUUGAUUCUAUUUUCGACGCAAUAAACAUAUUUAACUCAUUACAAUGUUUUUGCAUUUUA